CCCUAUAUAAACAAGUGCACGCAAUCUUAAAGAAUUUGCUCCAAAACUGAAUCAACCUUUUUUACAAUAGAAACUCUCCUCUCUCGAGUCUUAAGAUCAGAGAUAUUAGAGAGAGAGAGAGAGAGAGAGAGAGAGAUCAGACAUGGCUUUGAAUUGGCUUCUUCAUUCUGCAUGUCAAAUUUUAGGGUCACCAAAGGACACAAAGAUGCACUGUAACCCUACUGUUGGGCACCCAAAUGAAGGAAGCGUGCAAGGAGAUCAUGUCAACAGCUUAAAGGUCCCUAAUGGAGGGCAGGCUGGUGGGAAGGAAAUACAGCCUGCAGUUUCGGUGUUCCAAAUGCCUCUGCACUACCCUCGAUUCAACAAGGCAGAAUACGAGAUGAUGGAGGAGUGGAAAGUGGACCUUCUUCUCCAGCAAUAUGGGCUCAAAUUUAAGGGCAAUCUUGAUGAAAAGAGGGCAUUUGCCAUGGGUGCAUUCUUAUGGCCUGAUCAGUAUUAGUUAACCAAGUUUAUUUAUUCCAUGCAGGUUUCUGUUUCAUGAAAAAUAUGAAGGGGACAUUAAUCUUGCUGCUGGUCAUCACUGAUGCCAAUCUCUUAUAAUCUAUUGUACUGGUUUUGUAGUAUUUUAUAAGAUAUGAUUGAUCAGGAUCAUGUAUAUAUAUUGUAUGAUUUUUAGUUACUUAUGUUUUGUGUCAUAUGUGUGCUUCAAUAAAUGACAUCUUGCACGUGUAUUGCACUAUAUAUAUAAUCUUGUGGUUGUAAUUA